UCCCAGGGUUCCGGCCAGGUGGGGGCAGUCGCCAAGCUACAGUAAGGGCGGAAGUCCUUGGUUUCCUUCUGCCAUGUCAGCGCCGUCUUUUGACGUCAUUUUGGGCCGCCGGAUAUGUGGCUUUGCUGAGGUGGAGAUGUGCUGCAAUCAUGGCGCCUAAAGGAAAAGUGGCCACAAAGGGAAAGAAACAGAUCUAUGAAGAGAACAAGGAAACACUGAGUUUCUAUCUCCGCAUCAUUCUCGGAGCUACGGUGUUAUAUGGAGCUGUUACUCUUGGGGUCUUCUACCAGUCUUCCACGUUCUGGAGCUGGGCCAUCCUGAUUUUCAGCUGUGUCAUUUAUGCAGUGGCGUAUCGCUCCAUGAGGGGAAUGGCCCAAGCAACCUUUUCUGAAGAUGGUAGUCUACUCGAUGGUGGAAUUGACCUAAACAUGGAGCAAGGAAUGGCAGAACACCUGAAGGAUGUUGUGUUGCUGACGGCCAUUGUCCAGGUUCUCAGCUGCUUUUCACUCUACAUCUGGUAUUUCUGGCUGCUGGCACCAGGACGAGCUUUUUAUUUGCUGUGGGUGAAUGUUCUUGGGCCAUGGUUCUCAGCAGAUUCAGCCGCCCCUGCUGCUCCACAAGAACAGAAUGAAAAGCGACAGCGACGACAGGAAAGGCGGCAGAUGAAACGCUUCUGAAAACACGAGGAAAAGUGUUAAAUAGACAAUGUCAGGUUCUGCUCAUCAUGUUUGAGCUGGUGUGGUGGUUUUUCUAUGCAAGACUUCCAGUGGUUAUUGGGCGAAUCAUGAAUACACACAGUUCCUGGGAAAAAAAACAAAAAACUACAUUUUUGUUGUAAUAUCUAUACAUCGGUGAUGCUAUUCUAUGCUGGUGAUAAUAAAGUGUUAACAACACAG